AUGGGAAUAAAUAAUCCAAUAUCUUUAACAAAUCUGUGGUAUUUUGCUUUGGAUGUGUUUGGAGUAAUAGCAGUUAUUACUCAUGUGUGUUUGUUUUCUCUCCAGAUUGAAAACUUUCCCUGCUAUUUGUUUUCGGUAAAGGUUAUCCAAGCUCAGAAUAUACCUGCAAAAGACCUAUUGAGUGGCUCUGACUGUUAUGUGAGCCUUUGGCUACCAUCUUCUUCAAAUAUGCUAUUCGUGACUAAAGCAAUCCCAAAUACCAGCAACCCUGUUUGGAAUGAAAGCUUCGAUUUCUUGAUCCAACCCGAGAUCAAAAACAUUCUAGAGCUGAAGCUCUAUGAUCAAGAUGUGAUCACCAAAGAUGACCUCCUUUUCACUGUGGUAUAUGAUAUUGCAAAAAUCAGACCAGGGGACACGGUUUAUGAAAACUUCAUUUUGAAAUCUGAGGGUCAAGCAAGUCUAGAAGUAGAAUUCAAGAUGAGAAGCAUAAUUAGUGAUGUUGAGAGACUCGUUACCAAUAACAUCUUAGUGGCCCGUGAAGUUUCUUGUCUGGAAGUUCAGAUGGACAAAUGGAGGAAUGAGGAGUGUUUGAAAAAACAUAAAAAUAUUGUCCUUUUGGUGACUGAAUCAUUUGAAGAAGCACAGAAGAUCACCCAGGACUCAGAAAUCUUCCACUUCUACUGUGUAAAGAACUGGGAACCAAUGCUAAAAGUCAACAGAAAGAGUAACUCCCUUGGGAAAAAACUGUUCAGUGACACUGCAGUUGGCUACUCAGGCGUGUCACUGAAAUCUCUUCCAGAGGGAAAAGAAACAAAAGUUGCCUUGCCUUUAACAAAGAAUGAACGUUUGAAACUGCAGCUCAAAGUUAACAAUUGCCUAGGAGCUUUAGAUGUACGUUUGGGAUGUGAUCUCUGUGAGGCAGAGCAGAAUUUCCUUAAAAAGCGGAAGAAUGUGGUUGCCAAUGCUCUUAAAAAAGUUCUUCAGCUGGACCAAGAACUACAAAGACAUGAGGUCCCAGUGCUAGCAGUCAUGGCAACUGGGGGAGGAGUUAGGGCCAUGUCAGCAUUCUAUGGCCAUCUCUUUGCUCUUCAGAAGCUUAACCUCUUGGACUGUGUUACGUAUAUCACUGGAGCUUCUGGCUCAACAUGGACCAUGAGAAAUUUGUAUGAAGAUGCUAAUUGGUCUCACAAGGACCUAAUGGGCCUGAUCCAUAAAGCAAGGAAAAGUAUUACCAGAAGCAAGUCAAGUGCAUUCUCCAUGGAUGCUCUAAAACACUAUGACUUGGAGCUGCAGCAGAGGAUUCAAGAGGGCCAUUCAAUUUCUUUUACUGAUCUGUGGUCACUUAUUAUUGACCGCAUGUUUCACGAUGAGCUGAAUGACAGCAGACUAUCAGAUCAGCAAAAGGCUGUGAGUGUGGGACAAAAUCCAUUGCCCAUCUAUGUGGCCUUGAAUGUCAAGGAGAACUCCCAAAGCAGCUUUGAAUUUAAAGAGUGGUGUGAAUUCUCCCCCUAUGAGGUGGGAUUGCCUAAAUAUGGAGGCUUCAUUCCCACAGAGGAUUUUGGAAGUGAAUUCUUCAUGGGAUGGCUGAUGAAGAAAAUCCCAGAAUCCAAGAUCUGCUUUUUGGAAGGAGUGUGGAGUAAUAUAUUUUCCUUGAAUCUGGUGGAUGUCUGGAAUGCUGCUCAAAGCUUAUACCCACUCUGGCAGUUGCCCAACCCAGGAAAAGAAAAAUAUGACAAUAAAGACAACUGUCCAUUUGAAAAUGAGCUCUCUGCACUUAAGACCACUUGCUUCUCUCCACCAAAUGACUUCUCCAACAUCCUCAACAGAGUUCUGACCCAUCGCCCAAUAGGAGGAUCAACACCUAACUUUCUGAGAGGUCUCCAAUUGCACAAGGACUAUUAUCAACAUAAAACAUUUUCUGCAUGGCAAGAGACUAAACUGGACCAGUUCCCCAACCAUCUCACACCAAUGGAAAAAGAGCUCUGCCUGGUUGAUGCUGGAUAUUUCAUUAAUACCAGUUGCCCUCCACUGUUAAGGAGGGAAAGGAAUGUGGAUGUCAUCUUAUCAUUUGACUAUAACCUUGUGGAGACCAGGUUUCAUUCCAUAGAAAAUACAUGCAAAUGCUGUAUGGAGAAGAGGAUUCCUUUCCCAGAAAUUGUGCUGAGUGAAGAAGACAAGAAGAAUCCAAAGGAGUGCUAUGUUUUUAUGGACAAAGAGAAUCCAGAAGUUCCAAUUGUCCUCCAUUUCCCACUGGUGGACAACUCUUUCUCGGAGCACAAGAUACCUGGAACAAAGCAUAGUUCUGCGGCAAUGGAAAAAGGAGAGAUGGAUCUUACUAGUUCAAAGUCACCAUACAGAAUGACAAAUUUGACUUACGCAGAAGAUGAUUUUGACAAACUGCUAAACCUGUGUAACUAUAACAUCCAGAAUAACAGUGAACUGAUUUUGCAAGCUUUACAGACAGCAAUAAAAAGAAGAAAAUGCUGCACGAAAAAAAGUCAACUGCAAUCAACCUCAAGCUAUUGAGAAAAAAAUUGGGAUUUUUGGGGCCUGUUGCAAUGAUGUAAAGUAGGAAAUGGCCAAGACUGCUACACACUCUAUCAUGGAAUGUUUAUUUUACAGAAGGGCUCUCUAGAUUGGCAAAAGGUUUCAAACUUGAGCAAAAAGGAAAUAUAUUUUAAUAAAUUAACAAAUUC